UUAUUUUUUAUUUUCCAGAUAUAAAAAAAUAAAUCAAUAUGGCAGAGGAGGUUUGGGACGAGAUUAGGGAUGCUGAAGAUGGCCGACAUGAACUUCAUCUUAUUGGUGACGAAGUAACCAAUAGGUUGGAGAAAUCGAACGGUCAACUACCUUCAGGUUUAUACAAACUUAUUUCAUUGAACUAUCUCGAAAUAUCCGAUACUAAACUGUCCGCUAUUUCUAAAGAUGUCGGCGCGUUGAAGAGUUUGUUAAAUUUAGCGCUCCAUCGAAACGAGCUAGUAGAAAUUCCCGAUACUAUAAACCAGUUGGAGAAGUUGAAGUUUUUAGAUCUGUCUUUUAACAAAUUAACCUCGUUACCAGACACCUUACUGCUUCCCUGUGUGCAAACAUUAAACUUCAGUAAUAAUGAACUUAGCACCCUCCCUGAUUUCAGUGGAUUUACAUGUUUAAACAUUUUAUACACAGAACAUAAUAACCUUACGGAGUUUCCGUAUGGGUUAUACAAAUUAACUGGAUUUUCGGAACUAAAUGUUUCUAAUAACCAAAUCACUAGCGUUCCAGGAGAUGUUAAGGAUAUGCAGACGUUAAAGAAUUUGGAUUUGUCAAAUAAUUCUUUGGGAACAGUCUGCGGUGAAUUGAUCGAUUGUCGGAAAUUGAAGAAUCUAGAUUUGCGCAAUAACCCGCUAAAAGACAACCGGCUGAAAAAGAUGACUAAUCAGUGUAGUACAAAGGCUAUCUUGGAGUAUAUAGCAAAACAAUCCAAGGGUGGUGGUGGAGGUGGAAAGAAGAAAGGGAAGGGAAAGAAAGGUCAUGUGGAAUCUGAAGAGAAAGAUGAAAUCACGCGUAAAAUAUUUAUUCUUCAAAGUAAAGAAGAUGAACGGCGUGUAGUAACGACGGAGAGUGUCAAAGAGGAGCGUCCAUAUAUCUGUUGUACCGUUGUCAAGCAACUUGAUCUCGCUGACCCAGCUUUUUUUAAAUCAUUCAUUAGCUUGCAGACCAAGCUUCAUGAAAACGAAUGUGAUAUGAGGACAAGGGCUACCAUAGCAACGCACACCUUAAGUGAUUUAAAAUUUCCCUUGAAAUAUGAAGCCAUUUCUCCUACCGACCUACAGAUUGUCGCUCUUGGAAAAACGAAAAAAUGCGUUGCUGGUAAACUGAUAGCAGAUCUAAAGAACGAAAGAGAAGCAUUGAAAUUGAAGAAGAAACGACAAGUUAAAACCGGUUUGUACAAAUUUAUCGACCUGGUUGACGGUAAGGAACUGUUGGCGUGUAUAAAAAACAGUGAUGGUGACGUUAUAUCAUUUCCACCAAUUACAAACAGCGAGAUGACAAAGAUCCAUUCUUCCGUUGCGGACGUUUUUAUAGAAGUGACAUCGCCUACCAGUUUACCACAGUGUAAAUUCGUCAUGGAGGAGAUCAUUCGGCAGAUGUAUCAUUUAGGAUUCUCCUCCGUUGUGGAUGAGAUGGAAGGUAUAGUUCUGGAGCAAAUGCGUGUUUGUGAUGAGAAAGGCGACUUGAGAGUGGUGUAUCCAUCGAAGAUUGAUCUCGAUUUAAAAGGUAUCCCGGUGGAGCGUGUAGAUUGUAAAACGGAGUAAAAUAUUUUAAAUUGUAUAAAAUGACUUAUCAUUUUCUAACAUAAAAAAACUACACCACUUUA